AUGGCUGUUUCAUUGUCCAAGAAAAGGUCUUCUUCCAGCAGCAAAGCAGCUGCUGAAGAUGUCGUGGAGAGACCGGGACGGGACUAUUGCUAUCUCUGCAGCGUUCUCUGCAAAGUCCUGUACAGGAUUCCUGUUGCUGUCCUCCUCCUCUUCCUCCUCUUCCUCUGGUCCUCCUCGACCACCAUCAUUUCCGGGAAGAUCGUCCAUGUCUGCGUCUCGUCCCGGAAGCUUAACAACCUCUACUGCCUCUCCGCUGGCGCCCAGUCUCAGCCCAGCUUCGAGCUCCCGGAAGUUCCAGUUUUCAGGAACAUCUCCAGAGUCUUGAGCAAUGAUGAAGAUAUUACGAAGGAGACUGCUGGUGCUGCUCGGGAAAGUUCACUCCCGGUUUUGACCUUCUCUGGAAUCCCGAGCAUUGACCGCAAUAGCUCGAAAGCAGUCUCUAGUGUUGUUCCAGAAAACCCAGUCCCCGUUCCGGUCCCGAUUAUUAAGACCAGUGUUGAAAAGGAGCCGGAGGAGGACACUGCAGAUGCCAUGAAGGCCGUUAAGGAGCAGCUGGAUGUGCAUAGAUCGUGGGUUUCAUCACAUUCUGGGAAUAAUAUGAAGUGUGACGGGAAGGGGAUUUAUGUCUAUGAUUUGCCGUCAAAGUUCAACAAGGACCUCAUCGGUCAAUGCAGUGACAUAGUUCCCUGGAUUGAUUUCUGCAAGUAUUUCGAGAACAAUGCCAUGGGAGAGCCGAUCCCAAAGCUCGGAGACCAUUGGUAUGGAACGCACCAGUAUUCACUGGAGCCAAUCUUCCAUUCCAGGAUCCUAAAGCAUCCUUGCAGGGUUUACAAUGAGAAUGAAGCCAAGCUCUUCUAUGUUCCCUUCUAUGGAGGACUAGAUAUCCUGAGAUGGCAUUUCAAGAAUGUCUCCACUGAACUAAAAGACAGCCUGUCUCUGGAGCUGAUAAAGUGGCUCGAGCAGCAGAAACUGUGGACGAAAAAUUCCGGAAAGGACCAUGUCUUUGUACUAGGCAAGAUCUCAUGGGAUUUCAGGAGGAAUAGCGACUCCACUUGGGGGACUAAAUUCCUGGAGCUCCCUCAGAUGCAGAACCCAGUGAAGCUCCUGAUCGAGCGGCAGCCCUGGCAUGUGAACGACAUUGGGAUCCCACACCCGACGAGCUUCCACCCGCAAUCGGACAGCGACAUCAUUGCCUGGCAACAGAAGAUAAUUCAGUCCCCCCGCCGGAGCCUAAUCAGCUUUGCAGGUGCCGCCAGGCCAGGUGCGCCCGAGAACAUCCGUUCAGUGCUCAUUAGGCAAUGCAUGGAGGCAGGAGAAGGCAAGUGUCGGUACCUAGAUUGCCGGUCAGAGAAGUGCGACAUGCCGGAGACAGUAAUCGAGACUUUCAUGGAAUCGGAGUUCUGCCUUCAGCCUCAGGGUGACAGUCCGACAAGGAAGUCACUGUUCGAUUCCCUCGUGUCAGGAUGCAUCCCGGUCCUAUUCGACCCAUUCACAGCCUAUUACCAGUACCCCUGGCACUUGCCUGAGGAACCGGAGAAGUACUCAGUGUUCAUAGACCACAACGAGGUGAGGAAAUCGAGAGUGAAUGUGAUGGAGCGGCUCAUGAAGAUCUCCAGGCAAGAACGAGAGGACAUGAGGAGCUACAUUGUGUACAAGCUGAUGCCUGGACUGGUGUACGGCGAUCCAAGCUCCGAGUUCAGUAAAUUUCAGGAUGCGUUUUUUAUAGCAGUGAAUAAUCUUCUCGAGAGGGCUAGUAGAAUAUGACCAUGAAAUCAUAUGCGAAUUUUUUGUAUUUAGUUUUUCUUGUUAAUUAUUUGGUUUUGCUCAAAUGAUUUAUCCACAAUAUCACUAUGUGUGAAGGAAGGAGAUUCCUUGUGAUAUACGAAAUUCAAACAUGUAUAAAAUUGUUCCAACCAUUGCAAUGAA